UGUAAUAGCUGAAGAGACCAACAUCUUAUCGCCCAAUUCUUGUAUUUGAAAAAGAAAAAAAAACAAUUGUAAAACAAGCAUUUGCACUCACCUUCUAUAUCGCCUCCCCCAUUAGCAGGUGCCCGCACUUCUGUUUCUCAUUCAAUUCAUUGAUUUCUCAUAUAUUCAGCUGCCUUGGUAUUUUUUCCCAACUCAAGCAUAUACAGAAAAGGUCACUGCUUUCAGCAAACAAGGUCCGAUGUAUGCAAGGAAAAUAAAGUAUAAAAACCAAUGGAAUUAUGUGAUUCAACGCAGCAAAUAUAUUUGUAGCUCUAGCCGUCAAGAUUAUUCUACCGGACAAUAUCGGAGCACUGCAGCAAGAGCCUGUAGAUUGGUCGAGGGACAUGUAUUAAAUUCUUCUUUAUUAUCACGGAUUUCAUCCAAGAGAUGGUGUAGAAGAUCCAGUUUGAGGCCAGAUGUUGGAUGGGAAAAAUCAUCUCUAAGAUUUUAUAGUUCCGACGGUGAUGGAAGGAAUGCAAGUGAGGAUAAGCUUGUUCCUAACAAAGAUGUCGUGGGUUGUGGAAAGGAAAAAAUACCCAAGGAAAAUACAGAGAAUAGUUCCAGGCAUUCUGAUGCACAUGCCCGCCUUGGGGAGAAUGAUCAAAUGGAGUGGCUUAAAAAUGAAAAAAUUUCUAUGGAUAAUAGAAGGAAGGAGUCUCCUUUUCUAACUCGAAGAGAAAGAUUUAGAAACGAGUUCCUGCGAAGGAUUACUCCAUGGGAAAAGAUAACAGUAUCAUGGGAUGAUUUCCCUUAUUAUAUACAUGAACACACUAAACAGCUUCUCGUGGAAUGCGCGGCCUCUCAUCUGAAACAUAAGUUGACUACAGCCUAUGGAGGCCGUUUGACUUCUGCCAGUGGGAGAAUUAUGCUUCAGAGCAUUCCAGGUACGGAGCUAUACCGGGAAAGAUUGGUCAGAGCACUUGCUCGGGAUUUAAAAGUACCAGUAUUGGUCCUUGAUAGCAGCAUUUUAUCUCCAUAUGAUUUCAACGAAGAUGAAUGUGAGUCAGACGAGGAGAACUCCGCAUCCGAAUCUGAGAUUGAAGAUGAAAAUGAUGCAAGCAACGAGGAGGAUUAUACCAGCAGCGGCGAGGGAAGUGAUGAUGAAGUUGACAUAAAUGUCUCAGCUGAAAAUUUAAGAAAGCUUCUCCCAGACAAUAUCGAAGAGUUUGAGAAGAGUGUUUCUGGAGAAUCUGAAAACUCCGCGACAUCUUCAAACCCAGAAACUUCAGAGACAUCUAAUGUGGCCGGUCAUAAACUAAAGAAAGGGGAUCGAGUGAAGUACAUUGGACCAGCCAUUAAUAUUGAAGCAAACAAUAGGAUUGUAUUGGGGAAGAUACCAACAUUGGAUGGUCCAACAAAUGCUUAUACUAUUAUUCGUGGCAGGACUUUGUCUAGCGGUCAACGAGGAGAGGUUUAUGAAGUGAAUGAAGACCAAGUAGCUGUUGUAUUUGAUAUUAGUUCCCAGAGAACAAAGGAAGUAAAGGAUGCAAAAAGUGCUGAAGCUGUGUCAGAACCUUCAGUGUGUUGGCUUAAUGGUAAUAUUGCUUACUGA